CGUCUCAUUGUUAGCAACAUGACGACGACCGCAACCAAGCACUCUACGCUGCUUUGCGUACUGGGUUUGCUCUUUGUGCUCCUUGUGAAGGAAGGCCAUGCGGCUUGCCCGCAUGAGGACGGAAGCCUCGUCCGAUGGUCGACAGCAGUUUCGGCUUCCGGUGGCCAGCAGGUGGUGGUUGGUGCCGGACAGCGUCUCCUGUUCGACCUGGCUGCUUCUCCGCUCUACUCGCACGUCUACAUUGAUGGCGAGGUUGUGUUUGACAUGGCUAUGUCAUCUGUUGAGCUCCACUCCUAUGGUGUCACUAUCCGAAGCGGCGGCAAGCUGACCGUUGGUUCCGAGUGCUGCCCGUACACGUCCAAGGCGAUGAUUGAGCUGCAUGGGUCGAGCUCGGCGGCCAACCCGGACGGAGUUGGAGUCAAGGUCCUCGGCGUCCUCUCUGGCGGCGCGCUCAACCUGCACGGUGAGGUGGCCGGGCCGACUUGGACCCAGAUGGCGGCGACGGCCAACGUCGGCGCGACUAGCAUCACGCUCAAAGAGUCUGUGGCGUGGGCGGUCGGCGACGAGAUCAUCAUUGCGUCGUCCGACUACGACUGGGAGCAGACCGAGGAGGUAACCAUCACUGCGGUUGCAGGCAACACGGUCACGUUCACGCCUGCGCUUACCUACAUGCACUACGCAGCGAUCGAGCACGGGAUGGACCUGCGGACCGAGGUGGGACACCUCACCCGCAACAUCCUGAUCCGCGGCGCGGGUGACUCAGAUGCGCAGGCCUUUGGUGCGCACGUCAUGGCACUUGCGGGCUUUACCGAGGUCAAGAUUGAGGGCGUCGAGGUGACCAAGGCCGGACAGGCCGGCGUGAUGGGCCGGUACCCGAUUCACUUUCAUAUGGUGGGCGACGCGGCGGGCCAGGCGUACGUCAAGGACUGCGGUAUCCACCACAACUUCCAGCGGUCGAUCACUAUCCACGCCACCCACAACCUGCUUGUCGAGCGCAAUGUGCUUUACCACACCAAGGGUCACUCGCUCUUCCUGGAGGAUGGCAUCGAGACCGGCAAUCAGCUGCUGCACAACCUGGUGGUGACCGCCAUCGAGGCCGCGCCUGGCGAGCUGUUGCUCGACUCGGACGAGGAUGCGACGCUCAUCUGGAUCACCAACCCUAACAACGUGAUUGUGGGCAACGCGGCGGUGGGAGCCGACCGCCACUGCCUCUGGUUUGCCAUGCCCGAGCACCCGCUCGGCCCGUCGUUCGACGCCAACAUCUGGCCGCGGUUUACCCGCCUCGGACAGUUUGACCACAACCGUGCGCACUCGUGCGGAUCGCGGGCGCUGAUGAUCGACGACGGUGCAGCGGUCAACACCGGGACCGAGGGCUACAACUGGCGGCCGCGGACGACCGAUGACAGCUCGGGCGACCCGGUGGUUGCGGUCAUGAACGGCCUUGUUCUCUACCGCGCCGGCGACCGGUGCAUCUGGACUCGCGGCACGCACAUGGAGUUCCACGGGAGCUUCUUUGCGGACGCUGCCAUUGGCACCACCUUUGCCACCAACGGCGGCCUCUGCGCUGUCCGCAAUUCGAUCUACAUCGGUGAGACCGGAAACAUGGGUACGCCCAAGCAGUACACUCCGGUCUCAUCGUUUGACGGCCGGACUCUGCCCAAGCCGUGGGAUGCUGACCAUCUCAUCUCGGGCUGGGACUACUACGACGGGCCGAAUGGUGUCGAAAACGCGCGGUUCUACAACUUUAGGCCCAACUCGCAGCGCUCGUCGGCAGCCAUCUCCAUGCUUCGCCAGGACCAAUUCUCGCUCACGCCGUCCAACUUUGCCCACGACGUUCAGCUCAUGGUGGGCGGCGAUCGCAUGGUCCAUCUUGCCGAACACGUCCACGACGGUGACUUUAACCUUGUCUUCCGUGAUCUCGACGGCUCGGUUACCGGCCGCCCACCAGUCGGCGACAACAUCCCUGUUGUCGUCGCCGACAACCCGUUCCUCGUCACCUCGUCGUGCGUCUCCAUGCCGGCGUGGGAGGCCCACGUUUGCCCGGACCACUUUAAGUGGCUCCGGGUCUCAACGACUGGUGUAACCAACUGGCUUGGCCAGACAACCGGACUCACCCUCAUCCGCGACGACAAGACCUCUGCGCCGUUCCACCUCUGCGGCUCGGGCGAGUCGUGCCCGCUCUCCGCUGGCGACAACCCGCGCGGCUUUGGCGCGACCGUCAUCACCCGCAAGGCCUAUCACGUCCAGUUCAACUCGGGGCCGCCGACCCGGGUCCACACCACCUUCCAGCACGCCGACCUCUGGUUCGACAAGGCUGCCGGCGAGUACAACUACAUCCGCCUCGCCUUCUGCUUCCCGCCCGGCACCACCAUCUCGUCGCUGCAGUACAACUACAAGACGACAACAACUCCAGCAUCCUCGCUGGCCGCCAUGGACGCCGCUCCGUUCUCGUCGAGCUGGUCGACCCGCGGCAAUGGCAUGUGGUUUGUCGACUCGGGCGCUGGCAAGAUCUAUGUCAAGCUCUACCCGUACGAGGAGCGGACUGCCGAGAACAUGCUGCUCGGCUACCCGGCCGCCGACCUCACCAUCGACGUUUCGCUGCCUGGCGGCACCUCGUCGACCUUGACCACCUGCUCGGUCUCGGGCACCUCUGAGACGCCCGACUACCGCUCCGUCCCGCCCCCGGCGCCGGUCCCUGCCCCGCCGCCGCUUGUGCCUGCCCCGCCAGCUCCGCCCCGUGGCGCACCGAACGCAUACGGCGGAUGCUCGGCCCCCACUCCGGCUCCGACUCCAGCCCCGACUCCGGCCCCGACUCCGGCCCCGACUCCGGCCCCGACUCCGGCUCCGACUCCGGCCCCGACUCCGGCCCCGACUCCGGCCCCGACUCCGGCCCCGACUCCGGCCCCGACUCCGGCUCCGACUCCGGCUCCGACUCCGGCUCCGACCCCGGCUCCGACUCCGGCCCCGACUCCGGCCCCGACCCCUGCCCCGACUCCGACUCCGGCCCCGACCCCAGGCCCGACUCCGGCCCCGACCCCAGGCCCGACUCCGGCUCCGACCCCGGCUCCGACCCCUGCCCCGACCCCGGCCCCGACCCCAGGCCCGACCCCGGCUCCCACCCCUGCCCCGACCCCGGCUCCGACUCCAGGCCCGACUCCGGCGCCCACGCCAGGCCCGACUCCGGCGCCCACCCCGGCGCCCACUCCGUCAACGGUGACCUGCGGCUUUGGCCAAGUGCCGAACCCGUCGUCAACCGCGUGUGUGGCGGCAACGAUCGAGAGGAUGACGUGGACGGCGGCCGGGCUCAGCCGCGACGGCACGGCGACGCCGUCGACGCCUUUCUUCGCCGUGCUAAGCGUGCCGACUGGAUCGGUGCGGCGCGGGCUGCUCCAGGUCGGCGGGUCGGCUGUGACACUGUCGGCAACGCCUGCAUCGACGCGUGCGGUGCUGGAGCUGGUUGUCGGCUACUCGCCGUCGACGUCGGACCGGCUCGCCGCCAACGGACAGGCCGGUGAGCGGCAGUCGGUUGUCUUGGCCGACGCCGCCUCGCGUUCGACGUACUACGUCACUAUCCGGUCGAACGAGCCGACGUCGAUCACGUUUGCAGCUGAAGCCGGCAACGCCGACAACGUCCAGGUCUCGGGCGCUAGCACGAGCGGUAGCUCAAGCUCGGGCAUGCCUGUGUGGAUGUACGGCGCCAUCGGCGCGGGCGUCGUCGUUCUCUGCGUCGCCGUGGCGAUCGUGGUUGUCGUCCGUCGGCGCUCGUCGUCAUCGGCCUUUGUCUACACGGGCGACUCGUUCACGUCGGCGUACAACACCACCGACACCAUGCCGCUGGACACGUUCCCGGCGACUACUACAAUGGGCCGACUCUCGGAGCCGCCCAAGCCCAUGUUCCCACCAGCGUCGGCGGCUGUCGAGCGGGUCCGCGCCAAGUACGCGUUCUCGGGCGCCAACCACGACGAACUCGACUUUAGCAAGGGCGAAACCAUCCUUGUCCACGUCAUCCACGACGACGGUUGGGCGCUGGGCCAGAUCGAAGGCUCGUCGCGCCGCGGCGUUUUCCCCUACAACUAUGUCGAGCCGGCGCCAGCCGCCGCCGUUGUCGCCAAGCCGCCCCUCCGCCCGCUCCCGCUCUCCCGCGCGAGCCCGAGCCCGGGCUCCCGCCCGGGUCAGGUCUUUGCCGGUGAUACGGUUGCCCCAGGCCCGUUCCGCUCGGCCGCCAAGUCGCAGACCGCGCCCAAGCCCCUGCCCAAGCCCUUGCCCAAGCCGCUGACCGCGCCCAAGCCGGCACCCAAGCCCCUGCCCAAGCCGGCACCCAAGCCCAAGCCUAUGCUUGCGCCCAAGCCAGGCCAGCACCACUGGUAAGCAGCCACGGAUAAACCGUUUUCCCAUACCGA